AUGGAGGCAUGGCGGCAGUGCGCCCGCUGGCUGGUGGCGGCGCGGGUGCUGCCCGCGGGGCACCGGGCGAGCAGCCCCGGGGGGCAGGUGUGGGACCUGGCGCAAGCGCUGCGGGAUGGAGUGCUGCUCUGCCACCUCCUCAAUGCCCUCCUGCCCCGCGCCGUGCCCCCCCGCGACAUCUGUCCCCGUCCCCAGAUGUCACAGUUCUUGUGCCUGAGAAACAUCCGCACCUUCCUGACCGCCUGUGCUGACAAGUUCGGGCUCCCGAAGCACCGGCUCUUCGGCGCCUUCGACCUCUUCGAUGUCCAGGACUUCGGCAAGGUGAUUGACACCCUCUCGACGCUCUCCUGGACCCCCAUCGCCCAGAGCAAAGGCUUCACGCCCUUCCCUACUGAGGACUGCGUUGGGGACGAUGACAUCUACAGCGGCCUCUCUGACCUCAUCGACGACACGGCGGAGGAGGACGAUGACCUCUACGACUGCGUCGAGGCCGAAGGAGACGACGGCGAUGACAUCUAUGAGGAUCUGAUGAGGGUGGAGACCCCCCCGGCUAUGGUGGAGGUGGACCGGAGGCUCUGUUGCCUCCAGGAGUUGAGACAGACGGAGGAGAGGUACACCGAGACCCUCGAGUCCAUCUGCCAGCACUUCCUGCGGCCGCUGCGGCACUUCCUGCAGCCCCAAGACCUCGAGAGCAUCUUCAUCAACAUCGAGGAGCUGCUGCAGCUGCACCGGCUCUUCCUGGGGGAGCUGCGGGGGGUCCAUUCUGGGGGUAAUCCCAUCCGUUUCAGGUCCCGUUUCAGGUCCCGUUUCAGGUCCCAUUUCAGGUUCCUGCUCUACGGCCGCUACUGCAGCCAGGUGGAAGCGGCUGCCCGGCGCCUUGACCAGCUUGCGACCAACACCGACCUCCGCAUGAAGCUCCAGGAGUGCUCCCAACGAGCCAACAACGGGCGCUUCUCCCUGAGGGACCUCCUAAUGGUGCCGAUGCAGCGGGGGCUCCAGGACCAUCUCUUGCUCCAGGAGCUGGUGAAGCUGACCCCGGAGCCAGCGGAGAGGGAGAGGCUGCGGGCGGCCCUGGAUGCCAUGAGGCCGCAGUCUCUGGCGCAGUUCGGGCGCCCCAAAAUCGACGGAGAGCUGAAGGUCUCCAGCACCGAGCGGCGCUCCAAGGUGGACAGGUACGGCUUCCUCCUGGACAAGGCUCUGAUCAUCUGCAAGCGCCGUGGAGACUCCUACGAGGCCAAAGACGUUGUGGACCUGCAGUGCCACCAACUACGGGAUGGUGGCCUCGGCCCCCGCGAUGGCAAGAAGUGGACCCACACCUUCCUCCUCAUCGACAUGGCUGGGCUGCAGGGCUACGAGCUCUUCUUCAAGACCCGUGAGCUGAAGAAGAAGUGGCUGGAGCAGUUUGAGAUGGCCCUCUCCAACAUCUUCCCCGAGCACGCCCUGGCCGAUGGGCAUGACUUCCAGAUGUACUCCUUUGAGGACACCACGUCCUGCAGGGCCUGCCAGAUGUUGCUAAGGGGCACGUUCUACCAGGGGUACCGCUGCAGCCGGUGCCGGGCCCCCGCGCACAAGGAGUGUCUGGGACGGCUGGGGACCUGCGGCAGGGAUUCAGGUUCUGGCACGAGGAAGAACAAGUCGCAGCGGCCGGGCCCCGAGAAGAAGCGGGGAGACCUGGGGUUGCCCAAGAUGGAGGCGAGCCAGCCCUACAGCGGCAUCCCACCGCCGCCAGGGGCCCUGGGUCCUGCCCUACGUCUCAACCCCGGGGAUGUCGUGGAGGUCACCGUGGCCGAGGCUGAGCAGCUCUGGUGGCAGGGCAGGAACGUCGCCAACGGUGACCUGGGCUGGUUCCCUUGCGCUGCUGUGAGACCCUUCAUCUGCGUGCCACUGCCGGAUCUCUCUGUCUACCCCUGGUACGCCGGUCCCAUGGAGCGGGGGGAAGCCGAGCAGCUCCUGAUGCCCCGUUCCGACAGCGCCUUCCUGGUACGACAGCGGGUGAAGGACACCGGUGAAUUCGCCAUCAGCAUCAAGUACCACGGGGAGGUGAAGCACAUCAAGGUGAUGACGGCAGAAGGGCUUUACCGCGUCACCGAGAAGAAAGCGUUCAAGGGGCUGGUGGAGCUGGUGGAGUUCUACCAGCGCAACUCGCUCAAGGAUUGCUUCAAAGCCCUUGACACGGCACUUGUGGUGCCCUUCAAGGAGCCUGAGAGCCGGGCUGGUCCCCGGCCACCCGGAGCCGUGCGCAGUUUUGGUUCGGCCAAAGCCCGCUAUGACUUCUGUGCCCGGGACCGGACGGAGCUGACACUGCGGGAGGGUGACGUCAUCCGUGUCCUCAGCAAGAAGGGCCACCCAGGCUGGUGGAAAGGAGAGAUCUACGGGCGGGUUGGAUGGUUCCCCGCAAACUACGUGGAGGAAGAUUACUCAGAGUAUUGCUGA